AUGGUUUCCCAAAAAUACACCUUGAUUGCCCUUAUAGUGGCCGCUGCUUUCUCUCCUCUCAGUGCAGUAUUAGCACAGACCACCACCGGCGCUGUCUCCGGACCUACCCCCAUCAAUAGUCUCCAGCCAUCUGCUACUGUCACCAGUAUCGAGUCAGCUACUCCCACCUCAAGCUAUUCCGAAUCAGCGUCUACAAGUGCAGCCGCCAGCCAAACGGAUGGACUCGGCUACUACCCCACGGUCCCGGGACAAUCAUACGACGAUCCCAAUAAGCUCAUUGACGAAACAGCGGAAGAUAGCACUGCCGGCGCAGAUGGAUCCUCGGAUACUUUCAUCAACAUCCCUCUUGGAGCUCAAAUCGGUAUCAUCUCGGUCGUUGUCAUUGCUGGUAUUGGGGGGUUAGUGGCUAGCUAUCUGUGGUACAUGCGCCGUCGUAAGCAGUGGGAGCUACAAGGAAGACGCCGUUCUCUCGUACCAAGGUUCUCUGUCAAUGCUCGUGGAGAGCUCAAGAUGUCAAGGCCGAUCAUCACCCGACAGCCUGCGGUUCCACCGACUCCAACUGCGAUCAGAAGCUCAACGAAUAGUGUGGCGAACUUUAUUCCGAGAGAUUUGGAGAAAGGGACAAAGCAGGGAAGGGACGAGUUUGAGGUUGAAUCGAAAACUGAUGGCGGGUCGAGCUGGAAGAAGAUGUUCUUGAGGAAAUAA